AUAAUGCUCUAAUGACUUUGGAGUUUUGAUUCACCCACCAUUGAAAAGCCUUGAUAUUUUCCACCUCCUGAUCACUUUCUUGAUCAACCACCUUAAGAAAGUUAAUGUACCCCCUCUUUCUCGUCCCAAACUGAUUAUCAGGUUUGAUCUUGUAUAUUAUGGCUCACAUUGCUGUGGAAAGGAAUAGGAGAAGACAAAUGAAUGAACAUCUUAAGGUUUUGCGUUCUUUGACACCAUGCUUCUACAUCAAGCGGGGAGAUCAAGCAUCAAUCAUAGGAGGUGUGGUAGAAUUCAUCAAGGAAUUACACCAAGUUGUUCAAUCCCUAGAGGCGAAAAAGCGAAGGAAGAGUCUAAGCCCUAGCCCUUCAAGCCCUAUUACUCCAAAGCCAUUGAUGUUGCUCAAUAGUCCUCAAUCAACUGAUCAGACUUCACUAAUAUCUUCUUCACUCCACCAUGAUCAACAUUCAUUUAAGGAGGAAGUUGUAGCUUGCUGCAACUCCCCCGUGGCCGAUGUGGAGGCAAAGAUUUCGGGAUCCAAUGUUGUCUUGAGGACCGUGUCUAAGCGAAUCCAGGCUCAACUAUCCCGAAUCAUCGGUCUUUUGGAGAAAUUUUCUUUUGAGAUUCUCCAUUUGAAUGUCAGUAGCAUGGAGGAUACUGUUCUUUACUCUUUUGUCAUUAAGAUAGGGCUUGAAUGUCAACUCAGCCUGGAGGAACUUGCAACCGAAGUUCAACGUAGUUUCUCCCAAGAAUCAGUUUAUGCCAAGGAGGUAGAUUGCUAGUUUGAUAUAAAAAGCUGAAAGUGGAGGGACACUUUCCAUCAUAUAUACUAAAGGAUCUAGCUCUCCGUUCCAUAAUUAUAGUAACGCGUCUCUAUUAUUUUAGUAUUAGAAUGUAAUUAUUUUUCUGGAACAGAAAGAAUAGUAAAUAAAGAUAGCAUACUCGAUUUGCAUGUAUCAUGCAUAUCAAAUCAAACAACCA